UAUCUUUUAUACACUGUAUAUAUCAUCGACAAUAAUAUGAAAGGCAUUAUUUGUCAAAACGCACUGUUGGUGUUGUUGUCGAUCAUCUCAUCAUUGAUUGUAAUCAUUGAGUCGAAAAAAUUUUGCGAACAAUACAAUAAAAAUGAUAACGAAAUUGAUUUCGCGUUUCGCUAUUAUAUAAGAAAUAGUAUCAAUAAACUAACCAAAGAGUAUCGCAAAUACUUUUUCAUCGGUAAUACCUACUGGAAGUUGACAUACAUUGACGGCAAGGAUAAGACAGUUAUCAUUGAUGACGAAAGUGCCGGUCAGUCUAACUGGUUGUCGGGCGAUAAAUAUUCAAUGGCCUGGUCUCUCAGGUUUAACGAUAUCAAUAAAAUCGGUGCUUUGCGGAAAGAUAUGGAAACAAUUGAUUGGUUAGAACCGGUAGAUGAUAGCUUGAAUUUGACUACAUCAGCCCAAUUGACAUCAUCGAUAUUGAUUUUUCGAAAUUUUUUCAAACCAAUAUUUGCCUGGAUACCGGUGCCGCUAAAUAAUAAUGAUUUAUGGCUAACAUUUUGGGAUAACAAAGCUAUAACCCAAUCCUAUGAUAUGACAUACCCGUAUAGGCCGUUCAGUUUUAUUGUUACUCACGCUGAAAACGUGGCUAUUAUUAAUGGGACGCUUGAGAAACAAGUGGACAAACGGACUAAUUUGAUGGCAAUUAUGGCACAGUAUAGUCAUUAUGAUUACGAUAAUUAUCCUAAACAAGGUUUAUCGAGAGGUCAGGGAUCUAUAGUGUUCAUGUAUGUCGACACUGCCAUCAAAUACUGUUAUGUGGGACAACCAUUCAAUGAGACGGCUUGCAAACCGGAUAACUUGAAAACAUUGAUCGACUGUUUGCCUACAAUACCGACAAAUAAUUUGUUAAUUACUAUUAUAUUGAUUGUCAUCGUAUUUGUCCUGUUUAUCAUAACUAUUGUUUUUGUCUCGUAUUUGUGUUGUAGUAAAACAGGUAGACGUCAUAGACAUAGAGAUUCGGAAAAAUCAUCAAAAAGAUCGAGACAAAGGUCAGCAAACAACAAAAAUUAG